CCGAAUAGGUUUUUUCCCGCUAAUUUCCCCAAAUUUCCGCCGCCGUUCUUCUCCAUUUCUUCUUGUUCAGUAGUUCCCCCAAUCUCUAUCUGUGUGUACAAGUAGAAAAAUGAAGAAAGCAACGGAAUACGAACAGAAACGACUCGAAAACAUCAAACGCAAUGAGCAACUGCUCGCUUCUCUCAACAUCAAAUCCAAACUUUCCGAUCUUUCCGCCUCCAAGCGCCAAAGGGCAGAGACAAAAUCAUACAAAGUUAGUCCAGCGAAGAAAGUGAAAUCUGAAACCCCAAUUGUAAUUCGUAGAUCUUUAAGAACUCAAGGAAAAGCUCCUGAUUUGGCAGGUUUAAAAGAUGAUUUUUCUGAAACACCUAAGAAAUUAUCAAACCUAAAAUCACACGUUAUCCCUAACAAGUCUCCACGAGAGUUGAUUCCAAUUAGUAUGAGAGAUGCCAAAACUAGCUCUGAAUCAGACGAGGCACUUGUCAGUAAGAUUUCGAGUGUUUGUAAGGAGUCUAGAUUGAAAGAUGGUGAUUGUGGGAAGAAGUAUAGGGUCACGGCUUCGGUUGAUUUGGAUUCGAUGAAGUUGGCACCGGAGAAUGUUGCUCGUGUUGUGCCAAAUAGGAUAUUGAGUGUUAAGCUCUUCCCAUCGACUUAUAUGAAUAUUGUUGUUGUUGGGAAUAAAUUUGGAGAUGUAGGGUUUUGGAACGUGGAUUCAGAAGAUAAAGAUGGUGAUGGGAUUUACAUGUAUCAUCCUCAUCCGGCACCUGUUUCAGCAAUAGUUAUUCAACCAUUUUCAUUGAACAAGAUAAUUACAAGCUGUUACGAUGGUCAAGUUCGCUCAUUAGAUAUUGAAAAGGAGAUGUUUGAUUUGGCAUACUCCAGUGAACAUGCAAUAUUUUCUAUGUUUCAACGACUUGACGAUGUUAACUCUUUGUUUUUUGGUGAGGGUCAUGGAGUAGUUCGUUGCUGGGAUGAGAGGUCCGGGAAGACAUCAUUUUCAUGGGAGCUGCAUGAGACUAGGAUUAAUACAAUAGAUUUUAAUCCAGAAAAUGUUAAUAUGAUGGCUACAAGUUCAACAGAUAGAACUGUGUGCAUUUGGGAUUUAAGAAAACUUGGUAAGAGCAAGCCCAACUCUCUUAAGAUGGUUACCUGUGAGAGGGCUGUACAGUCUGCCUACUUCUCUCCUUCUGGAAGCCAUCUUGCUACAACAAGUCUUGAUGACAAGAUUGGAGUGCUAAGUGGGGCCAAUUAUGAUGAUGAAUUCAUGAUAAACCACAACAAUCAGACAGGCAGAUGGCUUUCUACAUUCAAAGGUGUAUGGGGGUGGGAUGACUCACAUAUAUAUGUGGGAAACAUGAGAAGAGGAGUUGAUAUUAUUUCUGCAGAAGAGAGGAGACUUGUUACUACUCUUGAUAGCCCUCAUAUGACUGCAAUCCCAUGUCGUUUUGAUGCUCAUCCAUUGAAGCCUGGGAUGCUUGCAGGGGCGACAAGUGGAGGCCAGGUUUAUAUCUGGAGCACAUAGCCGAUAUUCAUAAAUCAUUGACAUACACGGUGGAGCUAUUAUGGAUGAGCUCCUCCCGCAUGCUAAGUCCAAGUUAUUGAUCAAUGUUAUUUGAAGACUACUGGUGGCACAGCGGUUGCAUACCUUGUUUGGCAGGAGCGUAAUAAUAGAAUGUUCCGCAACUAUGCUCGACCUCCUGAUGUGCUGGGCAAGACGAUUCUGAACGCUACUUUUGCCAAGCUUAUGGGUUUGAAGUUCAAGAAAAUUGCUCGAGUUGUCUCUUUGCUCCAACUUUGGGAAAUCCAAGGAGAUUGCCUUUUUAAGAAUGGAGACUAGAUAGCUAAUUUCGUUUUUCUGUUUGUCUAUCAUGUAUCUGCAUUGAUAGACUAGGUCUUAGGGUUGUUAUUUGAUAUGGUUAUUUCUUGUUUCACAUAUAUGGGAGUUGUCCCAUGUAUGAACUAGUGUUAUACUG